CGAAAUAUAUAGUUCGCAUUGGUAAUUCUUUUACUUUACUCUAACUGCGCGGUGUGUCUUGCACGAUACAGCUUUAAUCUUCAUUUCGUGCUUCCUGAUGUUGUAUUUAUUUCUCACUUGUAUAAAAAAAGCGACACGAUUGUUUUUCUCCUCUGGGCAUUUUGAAACUGGACACCGCUGGCGCUGAGGCCCCCUCUUUUCCAUGCGGAGGAAUACGUUGUUGCUGCUGACAAUGUGGAUGGAGGAGCUUUAAGAUGUCUACUAGAAGAAUGAAUCCAUCUCAAUUGUAGCAACAACAACAAAAAAGGAAGACUUGUGGCUGUUGUUUGGAUACCGACCGAGUACUUUGUAUACUUUUGUAUUUAUUAACGACGCGGAUUUGCUUCACUAAAGGAUGAAGUGCAAAUAGGAGACGUUUUAUGUUGAUCCGACGCUUUUCAUGCGCCGAGGUUCGAAUCGUGCUCAAGUUUGGGGUUUUUUCCUCCUAUGAGAGUCAACCUUUCUUUAUAACCGCUGGAUGUAAAGCAUCUUAUAAAGAGAGGGCUCUUUAAAGACAGCGGGGCAUGAAUGAGCAGCAGGGCCACAGAAUGGCGGUCGAAACAGAUAAGGAACUCAGCGACCUCUUGGAUUUUAGUGCGAUGUUUGCGCCCCCUGUGGCCAAUGGGAAGACUCGACCAACCACACUCGCCAGCAGUCAGUUUGGUGGUUCGGGAUUGGAUGAGCGCAGUGGUUCCAGUCCCUGGGCUGCUGGUGAGCAGGGCAGCCCUUCGUUCAACCAUGGACGGAGUUACAGCGAGGGUGCACACUACAGUGAGCAUGAUGGGCUGUCUUCCCCAUUCCUCAGCUCUGGGAUUGGCGGAAAGAAUGAAAGGGGACCUUAUACUUCAUUUGGUACCCAGCAAGGGUUCCUGCCUUCAGACAUUGUGAUGGCCAAUGCUGAUGCCAUGUCUCCCUCAGGCUUGAAGUCUGGCUCUCAGUUUUACCCCACAUUCUCCAACAACCCCCGGAGACGCCCACCAGAUGGAAACAUUGACACCCAGCCAAAAAAGAUUAGGAAGCCACCAGGACUGCCAUCUUCUGUGUAUGCCUCCACGUCCGGUGACGAGUAUCCUCGAGACGGUGCUGGAUAUCCAGGCUCCAAAACGGGUCCCGUGUACCCUGGCUCUUUCUACAUGCAAGAGGGUCUGCACCCUUCCCCUGAUCCCUGGGCAUCUUCUGGGCCUCUGGGCCAGUCAGGCUAUUCGGCCAUGCUGGGCAACUCGCCCCACAUCAGCCAGCCAGGUUCCUUCACUGCCAUCAAUCCACAGGACAGGAUGAAGCGCCAGCCGCUGCCUCUUUCUCCACAAAACUACCCUCUCCAUGGCGCUGACGUCAACGGCUUCCAUUCAGGCUCCGGAGCCUACAACCACACGCCGUCCAUUAACGGAGCUGACAGCAUUAUGGUCAGUAGAAGUUCAGCUACAGGCAGCUCAGGUGAUGAGAUUGGAAAAGCCCUAGCCUCGAUCUACCCUUCAGACCACAAUAGCAACAAUUUCCCCUCCACACCUUCAACACCAGUUGGCUCACCCCAGGGCAUUGCAGGCGCUUCUCAGUGGCCAAGAUCUUCUAGCCAAACAACUCUCUCACCUAGUUAUGAAGGUGGACUACAUGCACUUCAGAAUAAAAUGGAGGACCAUCUAGAGGAGGCCAUCCAUGUUCUGCGCAGUCAUGCAGUGGGUCAGGGCCCAGGUGCAAACCUUGGUGGAGCCCAUUCAGAGGUUCACAGUCUGCUGAAUGCUGUCUCCGCGUCUGUUCAUAAUGGAUCCCUGGGAAGCCUUGGCCAGGGAUUUCCUGGUGCUGGUCUGGCUCUGAGCAACAGACAUCCUGCUAUGGGUGGAAGCCAUCAUGAUGACCCUGCAUGCCUCCCUCCCAGCAGCAGCCUAUUACCAACGUCCCACGCCUCCGGCACUCCACAGCCUACAGGAGCACCAGAGGGCUUCACUAGUUUGCCAGGUGGUGUAGCCACACACUCUUCAAACAGCUCCGAUAUUAAGAGGGAAGACAAGGACGACGACGACAACUCUUCCAUUGCAGAUAAGUCUGAAGAGGAAAGGAAGGACCCCAAAGUGUCUCGCAACAGAACAAGAAAGGAGGCGUUUUCCCUCCAGAUCCAUUCAAGUGUUUCAGACCAGGGAGAAGAUAAAGAUGAUGAGGACGAUGAAGAUCUGCCAGCGGAAGUGAAGAUGGAACGGGAGAAAGAGCGGCGUGUAGCCAACAACGCGCGUGAGAGAUUGCGUGUGCGAGACAUCAACGAAGCAUUUAAAGAGCUUGGCCGCAUGUGUCAACUACACCUGAGCACGGACAAACCACAGACCAAACUGCUCAUCCUUCACCAGGCUGUCAAUGUCAUACUCAAUUUGGAGCAACAAGUGCGGGAGCGCAAUCUGAACCCGAAGGCAGCUUGUCUGAAACGACGGGAGGAAGAAAAGGUGUCUGGUGUUGUGGGAGACUCUCCAAUGCAGCUGCCAGGACCUCACCCUACUCUGGGAGGAGACGGACACAGUUCUGUCGGUCAUAUAUGAUGAUCAGUGGCUCGUGGAAGAAGUGGCCUUUUUAUCUCUUCCUUCAUCCUCUUCAAAGUAUGUGUGUGUGAGUGUGUAUGUGUGUUUUCACACAUGUUGACUUGGAAAGUGUAUCGUCCAUGAAAUGUAAGAGGUGCAUCUUCACACGUCCAGAAACACAAGUGUACUGCCAAACUGACAACCCAUUUUGCUGCACUCCUGAUUGUGAUUACCAGCGUAAAUGUGAAGAACUGUGUAUUUUAUUUUCCUCUUUUUUUUUUUUUUUAUUUUGUAUUUUUCUGCUUCCAUGAACUGAUGGAACACAGGGAUAGAUAUAUUGUAUCUACCAAGGACAAUUUACCCCACAGCUGAGAGUAUGAGGGGGAAGAAGUUACAUAUGUCAAAAUAUAAUCAAGGAUUUGUGCCUAAAUAAUUGUUACAUUUUUAUAAGAGACACUGAAGCAAAUUGCUUACUUGUGUGGAACAAAUUUUGUUUGGGAUUUGCUUGUAAAUGAGCAAUGUUUUUAUGUAGCUUGGCAUUCCCUGCUUAAAGGUACAGUCUUACAUGUGUUGUGUUACCAAACCCAUGUGAAGUGGGAGAUAACCUGUGGUGCUUUUGGGGACUGCAUAUCCCAACAUGCCCAAGGUCUGUAUUUAAAGGGAGAAAGCUCAGAGACCAGCUAAAUUCAUCAAACUCUUGCGAAACUAAUGGUUUCAAUCCAAACUUAGAUUUUUCUUUUUCAAAUAACACUUCAGAUUUUUUAAACAUCAGACUGUGAUCAAUCACUGUUCUGCCAUUCAGAGCAAACACAAAGCUCAUGAGAGCACUGAAGAGGUGUCUGUUAAGACCCCAGUUUGAAGUAUUUGGUACCUUUCUAAGUAAAUGCACCAGCGUGUGGUAUGUGUGAACCUCAGCAUUCCUGCUUGUUUCCAGUUAUCUUUUCUCCUUUAUAAACCAAGAAUGAAACCCUGAUGCCCAGCAGUGUAAGCGUUACAAUAUUAUUUCAGGGCUAUCUUGUUGUCAGCUUAGUAAGUCUGAUGUUCUAGCUGAAGAUUUGCAGAGAGUAUAUACUCCAGCACAUCUGUCAUUGUUUUCUUGUCCUUCCUAAGACACCAUUUCAAAGCAUUUUCUGAAAACAGGCAUAUAUCCUCUCAUCGGCUGUUGUUGCCAAAACACUGAAACCUCAUUGUGUCCACCUCACACAUGCAUAAAGGAUAUUAUUUCAACUUGAGCAAAAUGUAAGAACGUAUAUAUAAAAAUAUAUAUUUUGUUAGUAUAUACAUUGUAGAUUUAUAAAUAAAAAAAAAAAUCAUUAUUAAUUUGAAGUGUAGAAAUCUAUAUUGUUCAAGUGAGAGAGCAGGGCAGGGUGUGAUAAAAUGACUGGAGAAGUGCAUUUCAGAACGGCUCUGGAUUAUUUGCGUAAUGACCAUUUCUGGUCCAUUCUUUUCAGCUGCGCUCCUCUGACCACGGACAGUGUCUGUAUGCGUAACAUUUACUCUGUGUUGCUGUGUUUAGGCUUCAUUUAGCUCUUAUACAAAAACAGGUAAAGGAUUGAAUUGAUUCUGUUUGAGCGUUCUAGGAAGCCUGUUGUGUCAAAACAUUAUUGAUGGAUGAAAAUCUUUCCUUUGGUAAGGGAAGGAAUAUAAUGCAGUUAUAUCACUGUCUGCAAUUACAAUUCCCUUCAUACUGAAUUUUGAAAUUUAUUAACCAACUAUUGCCCGUCUCUCAUCUCAGUUUUGAACACAUUAUGCAACUGGUUUUGAAUGUACACUCAAAUAUAGAUAUUACUCCUUUUUCGCUGUACGUCAGAAUACUGCCAGUUCAGUUCUAUUAUUUCAUUUGACAGUAUAUAAUAUAUCCAUUUCUGAUUAAAAACAUUUUUUUUUAUUUGUGUGAUUACAUGGAUGGUUUAACGUAUGUAAGAUAAUACAGUGUUAAUUCAUAAUAUGUCUACAAUCCUGUCUGCUGUGGACACUGUUAAAUAUCUGUUUUCAAAAGAGAUUAUAGGAAUGCAUUUGAUUACUGAGGGAGGAAUGCAUAAUUGACCUUUUUGAAUAUUUUCAAUGUGGCCUUCUCAUUGUCAAGGCAGUCGUAUUUGGUGCCUUAUUAGUGCCUAAAUUUAUUUUUCUUCUUAAAUAUUAUUCUUCAUUUAUCUUUAAAAUGUUCUGAAGUGCUCAAAGUAAAUGUAUGGCUAAAAGUCUCGAGACUGACAUUUCAUUUUUGAGGAAAGAAAAUGAAUCAACUGUUUCAUAAAUUUAUACAUUUCUGAUUAGGUAUGUGUGAUUUGUCAAUAAUCUGAUGCUUGUGGUUGGACUUUUUUUGUUUACUUGUGUACACCCCCCUACCCCGUAUCCCCUCCCACAUUUCUUUCUUUUGGUGUCUGAUGCCAAGUACCCAAGAUUUGGAAAGCAUGUCAAACUAUGGGAGAAGUAUCUUCCAUUAUGUUGGUUGUUCGAACACUAGACUGUUAGCAGUAUUUUCCACCACCAGCCAAAUUUAUAAACACUUUAGAAAUGCCGUAUAGUAGGACUCCAGUAGUGGGCACACAGAUUAGCUUCUGGGUGGAGGUUUUGUUUCUUUUAUUAAAACCCAGAAGAAAAUGAAGAAGCUUAUCUGUAUAACUUAAAGAAGUCCGUCACUGCAUUAACAUGACCUCCAGGAACAUUAAACAAUUGUUUUUUUGCUGAUACAGUUAAGUAGUGAGCCAUUACUGACUGGUAGAUACAUUUAUUUGUAGAGGAGCUGCAUUUUGGGACUUCUAAUGAUUUUUUUCUCCUUUUAAAUUUGUUUGCAGUCACUAUAAAUAUUUCACACAUAACUAAAUUUCAGCAUUCUUGUCAAGCAUGAACAUGCAUGUCCUGUGGCAAUUUAUAUUUUUAUGGUAACUUUCAUUGUUUCAAAAUGCAACAUUUAUAACAACCGUUGUAUCUGAAGCAGAACUUCCUGCCUGACAUGUUUAUACUAAUACACCACUGUUAUUCCAACAGUUUGAAUAGGGGACAUGAACAAUACAGAAUACUUCUGUUGUGGCUUCAGAGUGCCUCCUGGUGUGUGGGUGUGUGUGUGUGUGGGUCUGCUUGUGUGUGCGUGUGUCUCUUCGGUCUUUUACUUCUGUCUUUUGUUUUUAUAAAUAUAUAUAUAUAAAUAUAAAUAUAUAAAUAUAAGUAGGUAUUAAGAUUCUGUCCUGUAUAUAACAGUAAUGUAGCAAUAAAUGUGCCAUUUUUAAUAACAAAA